UAUCAUACACAUGGUGCGCUGCAGCUUUUGACACACUCGCGGGAAUUUAAUGUAAUCAAUGCUUUUGUUUCUACAUUUGAAACAACCUACAAUAAGUCAAUACGUGUGUUUCAUUCAACUUAACAGUUAUGGCUGAAUGUCCAGCAAGUAUUGUAUUGCGAAGUGAAGGAGUCGAGAGCUCAAACAUCGAAAAAGAGAGUGUCACGAAGCUUCUCCCCAAUCUACAGAAACUGUUAGAGUCAGAACUGUCUGACUCUUGUGUGCCAAGUCUGGAAACAGUUGACCCAACUGCAAACUCAAAGAGCGAUGAAAAGGAGAGCGAUGAGAAGCUUGCAGACAAUCCACAGAAACUCUCAGAAUCUUGUGUGCCAAGUAAGGGACCGUUUGACCCAAAGGCAAACUUAAAGUGGGAGAUAGGGUCCCACUGCAAGGCUGUGUGGUCAGAGGAUGGGCGGGUUUAUCCUGCCACCCUGGUCUGGUUGGAGGGGGAGCGCUGCAAGGUGAAGUUUGACAACUAUGGAAACGAGGAAGAGAUGGACCUGAGCGCCAUGCUACCUGAAGCUGCUGACCAGCCCCGGAAGGAGAAACGGGUAUGGAUGCUGGGUUCCCGGUGCCGUGCUGUGUACUCAGAGGAUGGCCUGGUCUACCCAGCGGUGCUGGUGUGGAUGAGAGGGGAACGCUGCCGGGUGAAGUUUGAAGGCUACGGGAACGAGGAGGAACUGGAGCUGAGCACCCUGCUAUCGCCAGAUGACCUGGGACGGCACUGUGGAAGAGCUACUGCCAAGGCAGUGGAAGGGUUCAGGUCCACUAGUAACAACAGCGCAGACUGGAAGAAGGAUAGAGAGUGGAGGACACCUAAGCAAGAGGGACACGAGGAGCCUUCCUCACCUCGACCACCUGAGUUUCCUCCAGGAAAAGGCUUUAACCUUGGCAAUGAGCAGGGGAAUAAGAAGAAGCCAAGUAGUCGGAAAGAGGAACCAAAUGGCCGGAGUCGGGAACCAAAUGAUCACCCGUUUCCUUUUUUUCCUCCAGUGCCACCGCCCAAUGGGUCUUUGGACUUCCUGUCACUCCUACCUCCUCCUCCACCUCCACCGUGUGUAUGGCCCCCCCGAGCAGGGCUGGUGGAUGCUGGCGAUGGGCUAGGCUCGUCCGUAACAGACUUAUCCAGCAUGCUGCUCUCCUGGUACCUGUGUGGCUACCACACUGGCUGCUACAUGGCAAUGCAGCAGACAGCGGCAAGUCACAAGAGGGCUCAUAAAGAGAAACGGGCAGAGGAAUAAGGUUGGCUUAAGACCCUAGAAUGGGGAAGAAGACGAAAAGAGCUGUUCUCUUGAAACAGGACGAGUUCCAAAGACUGAAUGUUCUUGUACUACACAGAGGUAGUCCAGUUGGGGCUCUGUGUCUGAUGCAUUGCAGUUGUCAGGUUUUUUCUUACUGAAGAUGGGUGUCGUGACCAGAAGAUGAUUGUGGAUAGGGGUAUGGUGUUAAGGGUACGGUGACCCUAGCUCAUCAAGCUGUUAACUCAGCACUUCCAAGAGGCUUUUUGGGAGGAUAUUUUUACUUUGACGUUUUUGGCACUUUAUUAUUUAUUUUUUUACUGUUGGAAAAAGCUUUUGGGGGGGG